UUUUGAAUGCGAAAAAAUAUUUGAGAUUGAAAAUUUUGCAUUAGAACACCUAAUUUUUCUUUGAAAAAGUUUUCUUUGAUUGAAGCAAUCCUUUUUGUGUUUGGGCCAUAUUAUGAUUAGGGCAUUUGUGUCUAAAUCAUUCAAAUCAACCAAGAAGUUGCUUCAAUCAAAGUAUAAAAUAAAAAAAUAUAUAUUUUUAUUAAAAUAUAUAUUUUUUAAAUUAUAUGCUAAGCAAAUGACGGUCUAAGGUGCUCGAAAAAUAAUUUCGACCCAUUAUAAAAAUGUUUUUUUUUUUUCAUUUCAUUCAUUUUUGGUCCAGUUUUAUUGCUUUACAACUUUUAUAUAUAUAGGAUACUCAAUUACAUGCAAUGACACUUUUCGGCCACCGGGGGGGCUGCCCCCCCUUAAAUCCGCUUAUGCUUUAAAGCACAAUUAAUGUACACUUGACAUCUAGACAGUUUUUCCUCAACUGUCUUUAUAAAUUCUCGAUAGAGAAAAACAAAAUAGAGAAAACACCGAUGCGAGAAUAUCAGAAGCCAACAAAACAACCAAACAAACAAAAAUACUCCUAGGUCUCAGCCAUUCGAAAAGUUAAAUGAAAAUGAAUUUAACAUAGCAAAAUUUCAAAUUCCUGCAUGAUUAAAGUUCUUUUGUUUUCAAUACAAAGGUACAAUUUGACAGGAAUGAAGACGCUGGCAAUAAAAGUCCUAAUAAAGCGAACAACACUAGAAAUUAUUUUUCCCCUUGGGUAAUUUAGUUGGUUAUUUGGUAGAGAAUGAUAGCUUUAAAUGAUUAAAAGGCUCAAUUGAAGGAUAAAGUAGUAUUUUUUAAAUUCAAUUUUUAACAUAUGACUUCUUUAUCUGAACUGUUGACUACCUUGCAGGAAUGUGACUAUUGCUUCUACUAUAUUCUCUUGAAAUUGCAACUUCUCACCCUGACAAAAGUUAUGUUUUUUGUUUACAACUUACUUUUUUCUUCAAUAAAUAAUUUACCCUUUAAAUUUAUUUUUGCUUUGGCGACCGACUUUUUUUUCUCUCGAAUGUUUUUUCAUCAAUAAAUAAAGCCUAAUUUUUGGCUGAAAUUUUUUUUUCUGCCUAUUUAUUUUUUGGCGUUUGAUGACUCAAAAAAAAUGCAACUUUACGAUUUCUAUUCGCCAGCAUUUUUUCCGCUUCCUAUAAGCUAUAUGUGAUUUCAAAAAAUUUCAGCAAGAAUUUCAUGUGGCUCUGGUUCGUCACGUGACGCUCGGUUGUCGGACACCGAGGCGUCAGUGAACGCCUCGUUGGGCAGAGGCAGGUCGUCGUCUCGGCAGGACUCAGCUCACUGGACUCCUACUCUCACAGUGGAACAUCUGAUAAUACAGCAGGAGCCACAAUGGCCGGACUAGGAGCCUCCCCAGAAAUGAAGAUGCAGAAGAGUUAUGUAGACCCACAAAACCACAGAAGCGGCUAUGAUAGCUUGUUUGGAGUCCGCGUGCAGGUUCAAGGAAUUAAAGGCCAGCCUUUUGUAGUUUUGAACACUUCUGGUGAAGAAAGCCACAAAGACGUGUCAGUGAUCACUCACCAGUCCGGAUACAAGCCGGGCAUGGUGAGGAGAUCCGUGGAUGAGACCAGCUCCUCUUUAGAGUUUCAUUACCAGAAACAUCCAGAGAUCCUAAAACCGUACGACCCAAGAAGCAACAACCUGAAGUAUCUCGAACCUUCGCGAACCCUUCCUGGAAAAAGCGCUGAGCGGGCAAAAGCCAGAAUUCCGCUUCCAGCAGAAGGACCGUCCGACGACCAGAACACCACUCCUUCAGAGUGCCCACUUCCCACAAGGUCCCUAAACUCAGUUGACUCAGAACCCUCCAUGUCUGUGGGCAAACUAAUUAACCAGUUCAACAGCAGCCAGCGCAGGGGAAGGGGCGGCCCCAGGAAUCGGCUGGAUCCAGAGGAAACACGGAGGUCAAGGAGCGUGGACAGCGGCCGAGCUUCCGACUCGUCUUCCUCCUCCUCCAGUGGGACGCCAUCUCUGAGGGGGGGCGUCGGCGGGAUGUAUCCUCCAGGGUCAGCCCGGGCUCGACUGCUGGGUGGGGAGAUCAACAAUAGACAAGAGAACAAAACGCUUAAAGCACAUCAAGGGAUUGACGUAGCGACAAAAGCAGUUCACAGAACUAAAGAAUCGUCGCACAGCACCUGCGCGGUUGCAACUGAUGAACGAGAUGCUCAGGUCACUCCUGAUCUUCUGAAAGGACAGCAGGUGUCGGUCAACCCAAAGGAAGAUGCAGCAAAACAAAUGCUCUUCACAUACCUCAAGGAAGGGACAACUGAUGAACUAUCAGUCACCAAAAGGAAAGUCGAGCUGCUGCUUGAAAGGAUCAACAGACUCAAGUGGAAAACGGCUGAGAAUGUGGAGGAGGAGGUGAACGAUCGGACGGUAGAGGUGAAACACCUGCUGGAGAAAAGGGAAGCAUUGGAGUCACAAGUGUGUGACUUGAAGCAACAACUGGAUACUGAGAUGAAGAAUGAAAAGACACUCGCCAAAGCCUGCGAGAAAGCCCGGACCGAGAAGAAGAAGCUCCAGGAAGAGGUGACCAAGAGUCAGGCUGAGCUCUCCAAACUUAGGAACAAACUGAUGGAACUUGAGGCACAGCUCAAGUCUGCUAGAGAAGAGUUGACUCAGAUGAUCUCAGACAGGGAACGUUCUAAAGCGCAGAUGAAGGAUCUUCAGCAGCAGCUUUCUGAGAUGCACGACGAACUGGACCAGUCCAAGAAGGCAGAGUUGAUCAAUGCGGAGAAAGAAGUCCUUUUGAAGGAAAUGGCCCAGCUGCGUGCAGAUUUUCAGGAGAUGUUGUUGGUGAAGGAGGAGCAUGAGGAGCUUCUGCAAGAGCAGGGGAAGGAGCUCAGUGACUUGAAGGCGGCAAUCAAAGAUGAAGUGGAGACCCACGAUAAAUACAUUGCAGCUCUCAAGCAAGAAUAUGAGCUAGAGCUUGAACAUCUCCUUAGGGAUCUGGAGAAGACCAAAGAGACCAACGAUGUGCUUGGCCGCGAGAAGGUCGACGCAUUGGAGGAGGGCGCCGCUGCCAAGGAGAAGGUGCAUGACCUAAGCCGGCAAAGAGAUCAAUUUAAAGGAAAAGUGCAGGAGCUGAGUAGUAAGGUGGAUCAGAUGAGCUGCACCGUUCAGGAGUCCAAAGCCUCGGAGAGACUGCAGGAACAACGCGUGAAGCAGCUAGAGAGGGAAAAGCAGCAGUUAGAGGAAACUUUGCAGGACGUGAGGAGAAAUGAAGAGGAAAUGUGUCAGUCCAACCGCUUGCUGCUGACUCGUCUGGAGGAAGUGCAAAGUAAACUGACCAAACUCAAUCACGAGCACAGGGACAUGAAAGAGAAACUCAGGGAGGAGCGGAAACAAACGGAAGACUUGUGGAAGUGCAAAAGUGAGCUGGAGGAUGAGAGGAGGUUGCAGGAUAGGACGGUGGAACAACUGCAGAGGAAGAUGAAUAGCAUCAUGGAGGACUGCGAAGCGUCUACAGAUGUUCUUCAGAGCCAGGUCGACGAGGCCAAAGAGAGGAGUCAGAGGGAGUUGGCUGAGCUGCGCAGACAGCUGCAGGAAAAAGGAGCUGAGCUGGAGAAAUCCCGACUCGCAGCCAAAAAGCUACAGGAUGAGCUAGUUCCUUUGGAGGAGGAUCUGCGGAGGUGUCACGGGGAGCAGCAGCAGGCCCAGUCCAUUGCCCGGCAGCUGGAGGAGAAAGUGGAGGAGCUGGAGGAAAGGAACGCAAGCACAGUGGAGGAGCGCGAGAGGCAUGUCAAACUCCUGGAGGGUCGCAUCGGUCAGCUGGAGGAAGAUGUGAACGAUGAGCGCAACACUGCAGAUCGCCUGAUGGAGCGAUUAGACAAAACCAAAGAGCAGGUGGAUGAAAUGAGGAGUGAGUUGAUGCAGGAGAGAGCAGUCAGACAAGACCUGGAGUGUGACAACAUAAGCCUGGAAAGACAGAAUAAAGACCUGAAGAGCAGACUGUCUCAUUUAGAAGGCUCACAGAGGACCAACCAGGAUUCUCUCAUUUCCAAGCUCAACAGCCGCAUUCAGGAACUUGAGGAGAGGCUGCAAGGAGAGGAAAGGGACAACAACAACUUGCAGCAAACCAACCGCAAGCUUGAGCGUAAGGUGAAGGAGAUGAAGAUGCAGGCCGACGAGGAGCACGCUAACCUACAGACGCAGAGGGACCAGCUGACUCAAAGGCUGAAGACAGCCAAGCGGCAGAUGGAUGAGGCGGAGGAGGAGAUCGAGCGUCUGGAGCAUGCCAAGAAGAAGCUGCAGAGAGAGCUAGAGGAGCAGCUUGAGGCCAACGAGCAUCUUCAUGGCCAAAUCGACACCAUGAGGAAAGACAUGAGGCGCAAACGGAAAUCACCUCCUACAAUCAAAGUGGCGGAAGAUAGAGACAGGCUGGAUGACACUGGUUCUGAUUAACCGGACACAUAACUCAGGUCAUGUUUGAACUUCAUGGGACGCUUGUUUUAGUAACUCUAUUAACAACUGACUCUGGCAUUGUGAUAAGACUGACCUCUUGUGGCGACAUUUUUAACGACAUGGUGGAGCAAAUACACUCGCAUUGAAAUAUUCAGGAGUUGGACAAAAUAACGGAAACCAAGGGCGUAGGUUUGCAUAGGGAUGGUAGGGACAUAACACCAGCAACUUUUCAGGAUACUCAAAUUGUCCCGACCAACUUUUAAUCGACCUUUUUUGCAUUAUAUAAUGAGUUCAGUUAUAUAGGUCGUUUAGAUUGUCUUCCCAUACUGGAUAGAAUUAACCCUA